CGAUCAGUGCGCGUGAUGCGCUCGCGCUGGGAUCGCGCACCUACUAAAUCCACGAAAACGAUUCAAAUGCGUCGUAGCGAGUCCAGCUCCCCGAGCUGUUUUAUAAAGUCAAAGUUGGCGCGUUCUUGUCUUUUUGAGGCCGUCGAAUGGAUUUACACGGGUACUCACACCCGUAAGUUCUUCGUUUCCAUCCAGCCACCCGUCGGAGAGCUAAUGACACCUGCUUUUCUGACAGAAAACGACUUCAAGAAGGAGCAAGGUAAACUGAUGGGAAUGAAUGAAAUCUCAGAGAAGUUGACGCUGGGAGAGAAAUGCGUUAACGAACAUGUUAUCGUUGAGAGGGUCACGGCCACCGCCAACUUGAGCAGAGUACCAUGUGGUUCAGAUAAAGAGUGCAGUACUCCUCCUCCUCCUCCUUCCGCUCCCGUUUACAGAUUCGCAGGGAAAACGGUCAGCAGCGGUUGUCUCGUUCUGGUCACCGUCGCGACGAAGGAAGGCGGCGGAGCUCAGCUGACGGUCAACUGCGAGAAGAUGGUGAUCGGCACGAUGCUGGUUAAAGACGUCAUGCAGGCCCUGUCGCAGUGAUGGAGCGCCCCGUAGUCAACACCCUCCUGCUGCUGCUCACCGCAUUGAUUCGCAUCUCUGUGUAGAUAUUCCCCAACGUGGACUGGCUUGUAGCAUCAAAAGUAUACUUAGAACUGACUCCAGAACAGCGGCGGGAACAUUCACAGCCCCGUAUUUAGGAGGUUCCUUCUUUUUAUGUUCCUCUGUUGAAUGUUGCAUGACAUCAAAGACAGUUUGACGGUCUUUACACCAUAAACUCGCCCGAGUUAAUGCACAAACCCGUGUCAAUUUCGAGUUAGAAGCUCUGUAGGAUAUACAGUACAUGGCUGACAGUUUUUGGACACCGACUUGUACCCAUCUGCUCAGACUAAUAAUCAUCUGAGUGAUUCAUCAAUAGAAACUUAUUUUUAGUGUGUAUCUUUCACAUUUUCUGAAUGUAACGUCUUACAUCUGGUGCCAGACUGCGUCCCGAUGACGACAGCAGACUUGUUUCCAGAAACCGCUUCAGACUUCAACUUUGUUCAACUCUCUGAAACGACAUGUUCAUGUUAGUUUUAGCUAAAUCGAAAGCUCAAACACAUCACCGUUGUAGCGGCAUCUCUUUCGGCGGGUUUUGUAUGUCUUAUCUGUAUUUGCGAAUGUGUAAAUGCUGACUUUAGGACUAUGGACCGCGGCAUCGCUCAGCAUUCAUCCGCGUCUUGUUCUCAUGAAGCUCUCGGAAGAAUACGCAUCUC